CACGUGACCCCUGCCGCAUGUAAAGAGAACGCGGCUGUUUACAAACACCCUACAGUACGUUACGCUGUGUCUCGGUUUAUUUAGCUAAUUCCGAACUGACAGCGACGCCGGAGGAUGGAAGUUGGAAGCGCGCAGCCGUAUUUCUUCGGAGACAUCGGCUGCUGGUCGGAGAGGACGGAGGUGCACAAGGCGGCCUCGCUCGGCCAGGCCUCGGAGCUGCGGGAGCUCAUUCAGAGCGGCGCCUCGGUCAACAUGGUCGCCGUGGACUCCAUCACGCCGCUGCACGAGGCGUGCGUCCGUGGACAGGCCCAGUGUGUGCGAUUGCUGCUGGAUGCUGGGGCCCAGGUGGAUGCCAGGAAUGUGGAUGGCAGCACCCCGCUGUGCGACGCCUGCUCAGCCGGCAGCUUGGAGUGUGUGAGGCUGCUGCUGCAGCACGGUGCCAAGACCAACCCGGCCCUCACCUCCCGCACAGCCUCCCCUCUGCACGAGGCCUGCAUGGGAGGUGGAUGCUGCAGCCUGCUUUGUUUGUUUGUAGCGCUAGGAAGCCAGAGUGUCUCGCUCAACAUAAUGUUUGUUUUCAUUUUAGGGAACUCAGACUGUGUGAAGCUUCUCAUUACCAUGGGUGCAAGUUUGGAGUCAUAUGACCUCUACUAUGGAACACCACUGCAUGUGGCGUGCGUUAACAAACACUUAGACUGUGUUAAAGUGCUGCUUAAUGCAGGUGCUAAAGUGAAUGCUACCAGGCUACAUGAAACCCCACUGCACCACGCUGCUAAAAACAUGAGAGUGGAGAUGAUUAAGACACUGGUCGAGUUCGGAGCCAAUGUCUACGCCAGAGAUCAGCAAGACAGAAAACCUGCAGACUACACCACACCAGGCUCGUCCUCUGCAGCCUGUCUACAACUCUAUGAGACCACUCCCAUGAGUCUGCAGCAGCUCUGCAGGCUAGCAGUGAGGAGGAAGCUGGGCACCCGAGCUCUGAAGGUCAUAGGUCAACUGGAAAUACCAAAGCUCCUCAUUGAGUACCUCUGCUAUCAGUGACUGUCGCCGAGAAGAGGAGCUGGAUCGUUGUGGAAAAAAAUGCCGGAAAAACAGAGAAAUGCAACAAAGGUGCCAAUGUGUUAAAUGCGAUGACAGUAACUGUUUAGAGAUGAGCACAAGGCUCCGUCCCACACGCUUCUUUUCAAAACCACAUUUGGAUCUCAAUAGAUAGCGAAUGUGGGCCUCAGACAUGAGGACGGUAAUGCUGCGUCUGCUGAAACAAGACUAAUUCAUUGUGUCACUCAACAUUUAGAAAAUAAACCUAUGGUAUAGACACAUUGUUAUUCGAAUUUUAAUCAUUUAUUAAAUCCUUGACAAAUGUGUCAAAAUGGAUUUAAUCUUAAAAGGCAAAUCUCUAAAACCAUUUUCACAAAGUAACAAUGUUCUCGUUUCCUGCUGGACCUGAUUCUCUUACUGUAUCUAUACUACAUUAGAAAGCGACUUAAAUUGAUGAGCAUUGUCUCAAAUCUCUUUAACUUGGUCUGUGAGGUUACACAUUGUUAAUGAAGCGGCUAUGAAUGUGGAGUAGGACUUCAAAUGUGAAAUAUGGCCUUGUGUGUAUAUAUUCACUCAAGUUCACUGGAUAAUUUAAAUUAAACAGUCUAGAGUCAGUCCACUAUA